GGCUUCUCUCUUUCUUUCUCCUCCUCUUCCUCCUCUCCUCUUCUGGUUGCUUUCUUCAGCCUUAAGUAACCCUGCAGAUCAUCUCCUUGAUGUCGCAUCAACUCUAUUUAUCGUCUCUACAAAUUCUCUCCGUUUUCUCGCAUGUUGAGAGAAAUCCUCAUAGUGGGCGCUGGCACCGCUGGCCUGGCCAGUGCCAUUGCCCUCCGCAAGAACCUCAUGCCCCGCAAUGCCGAUAUCCGGAUUUCCAUCUUCGAGCGUAAAGAACAGCUGUCUACGUCCGGAGGAGCUGUCAGUCUCACUCCCAUGGCACAGAAGCUGCUUGAUGAACUAGGCGUUCUGUCUGAACUUGAUAAUUUGGGGUCAGAAGGCGGCAUCCAAGUCGGUUCUGUCGAGCUGUUCUCAUUGCGUACUUCCCGUUCUUUGGGCCAGGUCCGAUUUACUGACGAAGACGGAAACAAUUAUGGCCACUUUGUCGCCCGGAGAGUAAUGCGCUCCAGUCUUGCGAUUGCAAUGGUCGCGGUGAUUGAAAAGCUAGAGAAUAUCUCCAUCCACUAUAAUAAAAAACUCGUUGACGGAUACCCUGAUGAGAAUGAUGCUAAUCGCGUUACUCUUCGUUUCGACGACGGAACAACUGCAACGGGAGACUUAGUACUGGGAUGCGAUGGCGUCCAUUCACCCACUCGCACCCAAAUCGUCGAUCCCCAAAAUGUUGCAGAGUAUACCGGCAUUUCCUUCAUUCAAUCUACCUUUGACGCCUGUACCAUGAAGUCGCCGUUCUAUUUCCAAACCACAGCUAUGAAUCUCUCACGGCAGAUAUCACUGCUGACAACCUUUUGCGAUCAGAAUCGCGACAAGAUCUUCAUCGCAGCUAUUCUGCCUGUCAGCCAACAUGUCGUAGACCAGCACCGCGCCGGCUCUGGAAUGGAGUUCCAAUUGACCAGUCGAGCAAUGACGACUGCUCUCCGGUAUAUGGUUCGCGAGCGGUCUAGGCAAUGUACGCAACCGUGUCUCCGUGAGAUGAUAGACAAGCCACGGGACUGGAUGCUUUAUCCUGUAUACCAAGUCCAAGCCGGUCGGAAGUGGUACAUUGACCGUAUUUUAUUACUGGGAGAUGCUGCACAUGCUAUGCCACCCCGAGAUGAGUCUUCGACAUAUGCACUUGAAGACGCUAUCUUUUUUUCUCAGAUCCUCACCCGAUAUUAUGACUCCCCCUUGCAAGACGCGUUUCGCGCCUUUGAAGAUCUGCGACGUGGCCUAAUAGACAAGGCAUUUGAUGCCUCUCGUAAAUUAUGGCAGGAAAGUCGAGAUAUGGGUCUUUUGCCAAGUCAGAUCAAAGAGCUGAUAACGCCGAUCUCCUCCUCAUUGGAAAAGUCCACAGAUGCACCCAAGACAGGUACAUUCGUCACAACGGCGGCAAUUCCUGUCCCAACACUUGACAGUUUUUCAGACUUGUCAGUGUAUUCGUUGGCGCAGAGAUUUGCCGACAAUUAAUUCACGGUUCUUAUCAUUGCAUGUAUGGAACCCUUCAAUAUUCAAUACCAUUCAUUCAGUGACAGGUAACUAGACUAUACCUAGAAUGAGGAAACAUGUUGCUAGAUAUUCAAUCACUAAUAAAUUUGGGUAUCUCGAUAUCCUGUGCUGGCACCCUACACGCUGUCUACAGGCUGGUUAUAUUCUUUUAAUGUAAAUGACUAACCAUUGUCUCUACUAUGUAUAUUAAUGGUUAUG